AUGACCACAACUUCCUUCACGAUUUCUCUUCGGACGACAGACAACAUCACAGUUGCGAUUAAUCUGAGACCUGGUAUUUUCGCGGGUUGUCCAAUUCGUGUUAAAAAUUCCAUCAGGUCUGAACUCAAGAUAAAACCUGGGGAGAACGUGACUUUUACUUUCACUUGUAGUACUCCAGAGAAGUAUUUCAUCAUGGAAAUUAAGAAAAAUAUUGACUGUGUGUCAGGUCCGUGUCCCUUUGGAGACGUUCAUCUUUACCCACCGGGGCUACCUCGCCUUGACAGGACUUUCAUCUGGGAUGUGAAGGCGAGUACAAAGGCUGGUCUUGAACUGAAAUUUUCUGCCCCGUGGCUAAGACAGGUUGAACCUGGAGAGACAUGCCCAGAUUUUGUUAGUUACAAUAUCAACAGCAGUAUCGAUAAGGCCACGGUCAACAUCGGCACCUUCUGCAGGAACGGCUCGGUAUCUCGCGUCAAGCUGCUGGGAGGCGUCAUCAUGUCUCUGCACCUCCCAUGGAACUCAUCUCUCACCACCUCGGGCUUCAACAUAGCUAACAGGGCUUCCAUAAAACGGUUAUGCAUUAUUGAAUCCAUUUUGAAGGGCGAGUCUUCAACCACCCUGAUGUCCCCGAACUACCCGCUGGGCUUUCCAGAAGAUGAGCUCAUGACGUGGCAGUUUGUGGUUCCUUCCAAUAUGAGAGCCAGCGUGUUUUUCCACAACUACAGCCUCUCCAACUGCGAAAGGAAAGAGGAGAGGGUGGAGUACUACAUCCCUGGCUCCCCCAGCAACCCGGAGGUGUUCAAGCUGAGUGACAGCCAGCCUGCCAAUAUCCCUGGCAGUUUCAACCUGUCCCUGCAGGGCUGUGAUCAGGAUGCUCAGAACCCGGGCGUUCUCCGCUUGCUCUUCCAAGUUGUUGUGCAGCACCCGCAGGUUGAUGAGAAUGUCACCCAUUUGGUGGACCUGAGCAAGGAAUGGAAUAUGAGUGUAACGAUACACUUUGAAGGGUGGCCCGGCCCCAUCCCAGUCAUGUCCGAGCCCAUAUGCCUCAUCUGUAAGGAUCCGCGCACCUGCGACCGCGUCUUGACUCUAGUGUCUGGCACCGUCUACAAGAUCUCCUUUCUGUGCAAGGACUUGUCCCGGCUGAGGAUCACAGCUGAAAAAGGCAUAAGCUGUGUCGAUCUUCGGUGGUGUCAGAGGAAGAUCUAUUCCCUUUUGGUGCCCAAGGCUGUCACCCAAUUGCCAAUUCAACUGCAUAAGUUCAUUUGGAAGCUCUUGGCUUCCGAUCUGAUCAACAUAGAGAUUACAUCUCCGUCCUUGAAACUUCAGCAACACGUCCCAGAGCAGAGGUGCAACACAAGCUACAGUUACGGCAUUGUUAGUGCCACCCCAGAGAAGGAGUUGAACGUUGGUGUGUUCUGUCCUGGUGGAUCCAUUGAAAAGAUUCAGAUGAGGAACAAUGUCACCAUAUCCUUAAAAACAUUUGGUAAAGGAUUCCUCAAUGAGUCUAAAUAUCAGGAUCUGCAGAUGACUUUUGUGCCACAUAUUAAAGAUGAGUGCUCUUUCACUGUGAGUCCAGCUCCAAAAGCUAAAGUUUACUUGCAGACUCCCAACUGGCCAUAUGGCCUACCCCCUUAUGUCUCCAUAUCCUGGUACGUCGUCGUGCCCAGCAAGCAAGUUGCCCGCCUAGGGUUCUCCAAGGACCGCAUGGGCCUCGCUUGUGAGACAGGCCGUGCCUACGUCAACAUAAAGGAGGAGACUAUGGGGGCAGAGGAAACUGUGCGCCGUGAGGAUGAGCUUCUGCCCGAGCCCCGGAAUAUGUAUCACGACUUCUGGGUAAACGUCUCCAACUGUAAACCCGUAGACAGGACGCAGCUGACCUUGCAGUUCUGGGUGACUCUUGCUGACAAGCAGAUAGACCUAGGAGUGAUACUUGCUGUGGUGGCUGGGGCUGGAGUUCUCGCAGCUAUUGGACUCACUGUGUGCUGUGUGAAGAAAAAGAAGAAGAAGAGCCAGAAUCCCAUGGUGGGAGUGUACAAUGCUAACGUGAAUACCCAGGUCCCUGGAAAACAAGGAUUAUUCACAAAAGGGAGGAAGAACAAUGAGUCUCAUGUCUAUGCAGUUAUUGAUGAUGCUAUGGUCUAUGGACACUUGCUGAAGGAAUCCAAUGGCUCAGUCUCUCCAGAAGUUGAUGUGUACAGGCCUUUUGAUGGACCCGUUGGUAGCUUGCCACCUUCUCCACCUCCAUUCUCCUUCAGAAAAGACAAACGCUCUUCUAACACUGAGGAACCUCCAUCUCCGACAGACGCAGACCAGGACACUUAUACAUUCGCUCACCAGAAAUCGGGACAAUCAGAGGAUGAUGGAGAUACAAAUGAAAAGAAUGAUGGAGAUACAAACGAAAAGAAUGAUGGAGAUACGAGCACGUCCUUGCUGGAGAAUAAGGAACAGGAUGGUUUAGUGGAGUAAUUUUAUGCCAGGUGUAGCAGUUUCCUGUGGAAAUAGAGGUGACUUGUAAGGACAAGAGUCUGGGGGGGGGAAAACUGAAAAGGAGUGUUAUUUUUAAAUGUGUUUUGAUGUUGUUUUGUGUUGUGUGUGUGUGUUUGUGGUUUGUUUGUUAGCUUUUUUUAAACUUCAGCUGUUGAUAGCUUUCAGUUUUAGAACGAACACCUAGCAAACUCAAAACCAGUCAAAACACUCCAGGACUGUGCGCACUUCUGGUUGGAAGACGGGUGCCAAAGGUACAGUCCUGCUUCUUAAAGAGAUCAGGAAAAUGAGUUCCUGACUGCCAGCUUAAAUUGAGUGGGGAGUUUUUUUUUGUCCAGGCUGUUGUCCUCUCUCACCAGUCGUUUGUUCCUGAGUGUUGGUUGGUGACUCCUUGAAAGGGUAGGCUGCGUCCCCGUCUCAAGGCAGGUCCAGGUUGCACAGGUCAGGUGUCUAAUAUCUGCGAUAUGCUAAUGUCUGAGCAAAGGAGGGGUUGCUGUCCUUUCCACCACUUGCUGCUUGAAAAGUUCAUCGUAUUUAUCAUACUGGUGGCUACAUAAGUGUAGUGAAAAAGACCAUGUUUGCUGCCUGGAAGAGCUCAGCGUGAACACUUGAGCUUGGGCUCUUCUAGUUUGUAGUAAAAGCUACGGAUUUUCUUUAAUUUCCAACUAUUCCAACUAAGUUCUAUCCUUGGAUAGAACUGUGUGAGCCUAUACCAAAGACUGUAUUUUCUUUGCUUUUUUACAAAAACAAUUUCAAAAAGUUUAAACAAUUCGUGCUUCUGUUCAGAUGGGUUUAGCAUUCAUGUGAAUGCCAAAAACUUGCGCUUUUGGCUCGAGUAAGAAUUCAGUGGAGAAGUAAUGAUGUGGUCAUCUGGCUGUUUACACUUCAUCUCACAUGUUAGAGAUAUGUGGUUAUUUAAAUAAGGAUCAAAAAAACAGAGGAAAGAGAACAGAUUAUUUCCAGCAGGUGGUUUCUCUGAAAUGCAAAGUAUGAGAGCGAAUCCCUAAGGAAAGCCUAGGUAUUUAUUUUUCAUCAAUCUGAAUUUAACAACCAUGUUGAAAGGGUGGUGGCGACAGCUCUUGAUUUCUAGUGGGACUUACACUUCAGUCGUCUGGCUGCCUUUGAAAGCUACCUCUUGAAAUCAGGUAAAUAAUACGUCUCAUUUUUAAGUGCUGUAGUCAGCACGUCCCUCACUUUCUGUGCCUUUUAAAACUUGAGGGUCAGAUCUUCGUGCAGAGGACUACGGGUAUAUGAAUAAAGUUGCCUUCUUACGUACAAACAUCUGGCUUGUCCAGGUGUGCAGUUACUGAGGAUGUUCGCAAUUUUGCAUGCAGCACUAGGCCCAACCACUUGAGAAUUUUUCUCCAAAAAGUCUUAUUGAGACUGUUUCCUGCCUAAGGAUACACAGAGGAGCUGUAAAACUUGUAGACAGUGUUACGUGCAAUGAUGUUAAACGUGUAAUAAUGUCCAAAACGAAAAUCUCUUUACCAGAAACCUUACUGUUUACAUCAGAAAAGAAUGUGGAUUUCUUCCCAUUAACUAUGCUGGCAUUGCAAAUUGACUAUUUAUAUGGUGAGGUGUGUGUAUUUAACAGAGUAUACUAUUAUACUGCUUGGACCACUAUAAAAGUCAGUAUAAAGUUGUAUCUGACUCAGUUUUCUGUUGAAUAUAGCAAAACGUGCCAUCUAAAAGUGCCUUUUAAUUCUUUCAGGUAUUUUCCUGCUUGUAUUUAUCACUUUUAAUGUAGAAAAGUGUAUUCUUAAAUAUCUGGCUACUCACUGGGAUCACAUAUUUCAAAGUGUACUGGGUCAUUUUAAUGUCAUUUGAGAAUGUAAAAAAGAUCUCUGCAAUACUGCUAUCUGUUUUUCUCAGGUAACUGAAUUGCUACAAUACGUUUUUAUCAGAGUAGUCCAGUUGUGCAUUCUUCUGGUCAAUGUUUCUCACUUCUCUCUUGCUGAGAAGGAAUGAUAAGUCCGUAAGAGAAAUUCAAGUUUGUCUCGUCCCUCGAGUUCAGUUUCUGCAGUUGCUUGGAUGAAGUUUUUUAAUUCAUGUUCUCUCUAACCAGCUGAAGAAAAUGUACUGGAGGCAGGGCGUUUGUUUGCAACCUCUUGAUGUUUGAAGGAAGAAUAUGAUGCUUGUUGACUGUUGUUUUUAUUUGUUCUGUUUUAACUCAGCUUUUGCUAUGGCAAUAUAAACCUUAUUUUACAGUUGUUUCCAAUCUGAGGUUGACUUCCCCUGUGCUUAUUUUGGUAUGUUUAUGGUAACAGUUCAGACACAAGUUCCAGUUUGCUUUACAUUGAGGAAGAAGUUGUGACUUAAUUUUUUAAAAAAAUAAAUAAAA